AUUGGCGCGCGAGCGCGUCGCGGGUGCCAGCGGCGGCCGCCUCCUUCGUGGCCCAGGCCACCAGAUCUUGGUCUCUGCUGGUGCUCUUCAUCGCGGUCGACGCCGGCCAGGCGCUGACCAUGGACUGGGCCGAGAAGAGGUCCUGGGACCAGACCCGCGCCGGGCAGCAGUACGCCCGGCAGACCGUCCUGGUGCUCAAUUCUCUGCUGUCUAUGCAGGUUCUUGGGGCGCGACUCCUGCGCAGCCUGGCGGCGCUGCUCUUCCAUUGCGACGCUCGGCUCCGCAGUGGAGGACAGGUCAUCCGGGGCGGCACCAGAGUCGUCAUCGCCUCAGCCGGCAGUCAACGGGUUUCAGCGCAAACGGUACUCAGCCAGAGCGCAGGAUCCUGCAGGGUCCUGCAAUGCUGGAUCUUGGCUGCGCUGGGUUUGGGAGGCGCUCCUGGCCCUGGAGGCGGCCUUGCAUAG